AUAGUAAUAGCGAGUUUAUUAGUUCUACCGUUUCAGCGUCCAUUACUCGAAGAAAUUUUCACUUGCAAAGAAAAAUUUUUAAGCCAAUUAAAAAAGUUCCCAAAUUGCCUUAAUAAUCUUGGGAACUAUUUUUAACUAAAUCGAAUUUAUUUUGAACGAUCAAGAACGCGCAUAUGUCGUAUAAUACGAAAUUAUGAUCAGAUCAACCCUAAAACGAGUAACAUGACAAAACAUUGAAUUUAGGAUCUACUGUUUUAUAGUCAAUGCUUUUACUGCAAGUCAGUCUACGAUUUUUAAUUUGAACUUUUUCAUCAAUGAUUCACGAUGACUUAUUAUUUGUUUAAUUACUAAAUUUUUCAGACCGCGUUAUAAGUUAAUUUUGUACAAAUUUGACGUAAAGUUCGAAAUCUGCGGAAUAUGAAGUAUGUUAUUAAAAAAUCAGUGUCGAUCAGACAGACUAAUGACACCGCUGGAUAUAAUUAUGUAAUGCUAUUAUGUUCAACUAAUAAAACUAUUUCAGCAAAAAUAUGAAUUUCCACUUGAAAAGUAAAUCUUUAUAAUUUAUACGUAAGAGAUAUUCGUGAAAAUUUGUAUGGCUGCAAAUAAUAUUCAGUUACUUGCAUCGGAUCACCAUGUAGAUGAUACAUAGAAUGCAAGAUGGCAACUGUACAAAGAUAAUAGGCGUCGAUUUCUGCGAUCAUAUUUUUCGUUUCCACAGUAAAAUGUACGUGUUUUUAUGUUGAAACAGUGAAAAUAUAUUUACUUGUUUGUUUGGUUCAUUGAUAAAUACCGAUAAAACAGACUCCAAACCUGAUUACCAUGACGUAAUAGCACAAAUAUGUAAUCUUAGUUAAUAAUUAACCUAGUCGUGUUGGCAACUAUUAUCGUGUUUUACGGAUCUCAUCACAUUUUAAAGCAAUUUAAGAAUGAUAAAAACAGCUAGGAUUUUCAAGGAAAAUUUUUGAAACGAAGAACUCGUCAACAAUGAUACAAUUUCAGUUACAUAUUCUAUAUCAAACAAAUUGAAAUUGACUUAACUAUAACUCGAUUAUGUAAACAUUUCAGACAAAAUACCUGUAGUGGAUAAUAUUGUUAUAUUUUGCCAAUAAUAUGGUGAUGGCAGGGAACGAAAGUACACCUGGAUCUUUAGCAGAAGAUUCAUUGUCCACAAGAUUGCAAUGGCUUCGUCAACGUAGAGAAGCGUUGCAGGAAAAGUUGGCUCAAAAAAAUAAUGAACUUAAAAAUCUGUGUGUAGAAGAAGCGGAAUUAACUGGUGUUUUGCCACCAGAAAUUCCGUUAGAACCUGGAGAGAGCCCGCCAGUUUUCCACAAAAAAGUUGGAACAACGUUUACCUAUCCACAGAAUUUAAUCAACAAAUUGAAAACGAACGAAGUUGAGGAAUCUGCUUUAGAGUUGGAACGACAAGUUCAAAUUGGUAUAGUAGAAGCUGCUUUAGGAAUUGUAAAUGAUCCUACGGAAAGUAAGGCAGUACGCCGUAAGCAUAGACUUGUUUACCAACAAAGCCAACGCAGGCUACAAGAGCUGGAGGCACGUUUAAAUUUUCUGAGACAAAGCCGUAAUAAAUCUCAUCAUUCAACGCAACUCCAACAUUCUAUUGUUUGUAAUGUCCCACCACAUUUACAUUUAAAUGUAAAGCAUAGAACAAAGAAACCUCGACCACCAUUAGAUGGCACAGUAAACGACGUAAAUUCAAAAAUUACGAGAGGACUGCUCCAAGAGGGUGGCAUAAGUUUGAGUCCAUUAGGAUCGGAAGAUAAGUGUAACGUUUAUCCUAGUCAUGGAUAUGACGAUCAAUCAAUGAUUCCUAACAAUUGUAAUCAUAAUCACAUUGGUACUUAUUGCCCUACAAUUUCCGACCAGCGACAAAGUAUAAAAAUAAUAGAACAUGAUCAUAACGAUAAUCAAAAUGUUUAUAUAUUACCCGACCAAUGUCGCACGCGAACAUAUUCUCACGGUAGUGGUGGUUCGCGCAAUCAAAAUCAUUAUCAAGAUAAUGAACGGACCUAUCGACCAUUACCAGGCACAUAUACCGAAGACGAACGGCAAAUAAGAUGUCGUCAAUUUCAACCAGAACAGGUGCAUAAUUAUCCACAAUAUUCUGACUACAAACAUUUGGACAAUGAUGUCCAACGAAGGUCUGGACAAGAAUAUUAUGAAAGGGACUUUCGUACAUUACAUUAUAUACAUGUACCUGAGUUUCCAACAUAUCAUAAAAGUAAUUCUCAACCACAGUCCGGAUUAAGGCGAGAUCGGGAUACGAAUAAAAAUUUACGAUACACAAAUUCACCAAGUGAAUCACAAUUACCAUCAGGUUAUUGGAUGCGGUACGAAGAUGAAAUUGUCUGGUGCCCGGAUGAUCAAUUUGCUACAGAUAGAUUUGGUAGUUUGGAUCGAAGGAAACGCAAUGCCGUUCAAAAUACUGGUAGUAUUGGAGCCGACGUGCAACCACGAUAUCGUACAGCAUCUGUAGGUUGUAAUAAAAAUCCUUCUUACAUUGCCUCUCAUCAAAAUGCUUCUGUUCAUUUACUUCCACUAUCUGAACAGCCGCCAAUUAAUAAUAAAAUGUUACUACGUACACAAUCUCUAGGCAGCGUGGAAAAAUGGCAUUCAAAUCAUUUACAUGAAUUACACGAUGGUAAAGAUACGACGGAUAAUGUCAGUAGAAAAGGAAAAGAAAAAGAAUGGUAUGAAACCUCUUUGGAUUCAGGUACAAGUCCAGGAUCAGAUAUUAAUCUAUCUUCUCAUAAAAAUAUUCAUUAUCAAUCCACUCUUCCUGUAUGCUCUAAAACAUCCAAUAAUAGUAACGGCGAAGAUGGCAAAGGCAAUUAUAUUUCUUCAGUAAAUCAUCGUAAAAGUGACAUGUUAACCAUUGAAACUGAUCAACAUUUACAAUCAUCUCGAUACGAACCGAUACGAAAAGUACUUGAAAUUCCAGCCGAAUCAAAAUCACCUCAAGAAACAAACGAAGAAUCGAUUAUGUUAGGAUCCGCUCAGAAUUGUACUAUUGUACAAGCUGGAAAGUAUCAACCAUAUAGAGAAGUUACAAAACCUUUUGAAAUGUCUGAUUUUUAUAAAUAUUCCACCAAGUUUCGUAAGAAGAACGAAAUAAAUGGACAAAAUGUUUUAAGCGAGACUCAAAAAGAUUCUCGAGGAUCGCAUUACGUUAGAACGAACGAUCUUGGAGAGUCUGAAUCCUUGAAUGCUAUGCACAAUGGAAUUGCUGGUUCGGUUCAAAAAAGAAUUUAUCAGCCUGUUCAAAGAAUGACGUGUCAGCCUUAUCUCACGUCAUUAAGAUAAUUUUUGACUAUGCAUAAAGGAAUAAUCUAACACAAUGGUUUAGAUAAAACGAGAUAGGCUGGACCUGUCUAAAUAAAUAUUCAGAAUCUAUUUGUAACAGAUUUAUAAAUAAUAAUGAUUGCACCAACGUGGUAUUAUGACCUGAAAAUUUUAUGAUCUUGGAUAUAUUAUUUUAGUGUAGUUUAUCCAAACGAUUAUCGACUACGUUAAAAUUAAUAUGGGGACCUGAAAAGUGCCUUGUCUUUAUUUUGAUAAAAAAUUGUUGUCGAAUUUUGACUAAAAUUUAAUUUAUACUAUUUAUAAGAGAUAAUGAUAAGAGAUAUGUCAAGAAGCAUUGAAUAAUUCAAGCAAAAAUUCUGAAAUUUUUGGACAUUAUAUACUUAGGUCACGUGUAAUUAAUAAUCAUGCUUAGAAAUAAUCUACAUUUUUCACUAAAAAAAAAAAGAGAGAAGAAAAA